AUGCCGCGCGGGAAGAGAGGGGUCAAGUUCCCCCACAAGGCCAACAACGGCAACGCCGAUGGCCGUCGCUCCAGCUUUAGCGACUACAGCGAGGAUGGCUCCCCUAUCAAGCAGAGGUCGGGAUCUGGGCAGCAGGCGCCGUUAGACGGCAUCGCGGAGCAACCACAAUUGUCGCCCGCCGAGGCCGCCGCUGAGGAGAAGCGCGUCGCUCACGAGAAAAGAAAGACUGACUUCAAGGUCCGCACCUUCUGGACCUUUGUCAUGUUCGCUGGCUUCUUCGCUGCCCUCUUUUCCGGUCACAUGUACAUCAUUUGCGUCAUGACGGUCAUUCAGGUCGUCUGCUUCAAGGAGGUCAUUGCCAUCGCGAGCGUCCCCAGCCGGGCUCGUCAGCUGCGACCCUCCAAGAGCCUCAACUGGUACUGGCUCGCCACCACCAUGUACUUCCUCUACGGCGAAUCUGUCAUCUACUACUUCAAGCACAUUGUGCUGGUCGAUAAGGUCCUCCUGCCGCUGGCCACCCACCACCGCUUCAUCAGCUUCUUCCUCUACAUCUUCGGAUUCGUCUUCUUUGUCACUACCCUGCACGCGGGCCACUUCAAGUUCCAGUUCACCCAGUUCGCCUGGACGCACAUGGCACUGUACCUUAUCGUGGUCCAGGCACACUUCGUCAUGAACAACGUUUUUGAGGGCCUCAUCUGGUUCUUCCUACCCGCGGCCCUCGUCAUCACCAACGACAUUUUCGCCUACAUUGUUGGUAUGACCUUUGGACGUACCCAGCUGAUCAAACUGUCGCCCAAGAAGACGGUCGAGGGCUUCGUUGGCGCCUGGGUCUUCACCAUUGUCUUUGGUAUCAUCCUGGCCAACAUCUUGACGCGCUUCAGCUACUUCAUCUGCCCUGCCCACGACCUCGCCUCGAAUAUCUUCACCGGACUCGAAUGCACCCCCAACCCGGCCUUCCUACCCAAGACGUACAAGCUCCCCGACCUGGUUUUCCUUCCGCCCAACACCGACAUCUCCUUCACUAUUGCCCCUAUUCAGUUCCAUACCCUCGUUCUCGGCACCUUUGCCUCGCUCAUCGCGCCCUUUGGCGGAUUCUUCGCAUCUGGCCUCAAGCGCACCUUCAAGAUCAAGGACUUUGGCGAUUCAAUCCCUGGCCACGGCGGCAUGACGGAUCGCAUGGACUGCCAGUUCAUCAUGGGGUUCUUCACAUACAUCUACUUCCACACAUUCGUGUCGCUCAACAAGGAGGCUAGCCUCGGUGCUGUCUUGGAGCUGGCCAUCACCGGCCUGACGCACGAAGAGCAGAAGGAGCUGAUCACGGGCCUGGGCCGCUACCUCAGCAACCAAGGUCUCGUCAACGGAGAGGUCCUCUCUGCGUGCCUCGACAAGGCCCUGCAACAUGCGUAG